CCUCCCUUCGACGGUGAGGACGAGGAUGAGUUGUUCCAGUCCAUCAUGGAGCAUCACGUCUCCUACCCCAAGUCUAUGUCCAAGGAAGCUGUCGCCAUCUGCAAAGGGUUGAUGACCAAGCACCCUGGGAAGCGUCUGGGCUGUGGUCCGGAGGGGGAGCGAGACAUCAGGGACCACGGGUUCUUCCGCUAUAUGGACUGGGACAAAGUGGAGAACAAGGAAGUACAACCGCCAUUCAAACCCAAAGCUUGCGGGCGCGAGGCAGAGAACUUUGAUCGUUUCUUCACCCGCCACCCCCCAGUCCUGACCCCCCCAGACCAGGAGGUCAUCAUGAACCUGGACCAGGAAGAGUUCCAGGGGUUCUCCUUCGUUAACCCAGAGUACCCCUCUGUUACUGAGGAGGAGUCUGCAGAGAGCUAGGACACACUCUCGUUAACCCAGAGUACCCCUCUGUUACUGAGGAGGAGUCUGCAGAGAGCUAGGACACACUCUCCUUAACCAACACACACACACUCCUUAACCAACACACACACACUCCUUAACCAACACACACACACUCCUUAACCAACACACACACACUC